UGCGUCACAGGCGCGCGCGCGAGGUGAAGGCGGCGGACGCGCGCACGUCACGUCUGCGUCUCUGUGUUUAUUUGGCCUCGGUGCCGUGAGGUCGUGUUUUACCGGAUAAAGAGGAGCGGACCGAUCGCCGCUCGCUGCAGUGGAGUGUGUGUUUAACGGUUCCUGUCACAGACGUGUGUGUGCGUGUGCGUGUGUGUGUGUGUGUGUGUGUGUGUGUGUGUGUGAGAGAGAUGGUGAUGGAGAAGCCGAGCCCCCUGCUCGUAGGACGCGAGUUUGUGCGGCAGUACUACACGCUCCUGAAUAAAGCGCCGGAUUACCUGCACAGGUUUUACGGCCGGAGCUCCUCGUAUGUUCACGGCGGUCUGGACGGCAGCGGGAAGCCGGAGGAGGCUGUGUACGGUCAGGCGGAGAUCCAUAAGAAGGUGAUGUCUCUGCAGUUCAGUGAGUGCCACACUAAGAUCCGGCACGUGGACGCUCAUGCGACGCUGGGGGACGGGGUGGUGGUGCAGGUGAUGGGCGAGCUGUCCAACAGCGGCCGACCCAUGAGGAGGUUCAUGCAGACGUUUGUGCUCGCUCCGGAGGGCUCUGCUGUCAAUAAGUUCUAUGUGCACAAUGACAUCUUCCGCUAUGAAGAGGAGGUGUUUGGAGACUCUGAGGCUGAGCUGGGAGAGUCUGAGGAAGAGGAGGUCGAGGAAGAGCAGGUAGAGACUCGCGCUUCCCCUGACCCGGCUCCGGACCGGCCCAGCAGCAGCACCUACUACGAGCCGCCGGCGCCACCCGUCAGCAAUGGAGUCGAGGAGCAGCAGGAGGAGGCGGUGCCUGAGGCGGAGCCAGAGCCCCAGCCUGAGGCCAAUCAGGAGACUGAGGCGGAGCUUAACCUGGAAGCAGAGCUGCAGGUGGCUGAGGCGGAGCCAGAGGAGGAGGAGAAACUACCGGAGGAGGAGAGAGGCUCCACCCCUGGCAUCGCUCUGACUCCGCCCCCUCAGACCCCAGACCCGCCCAAGGCGUUCUCCUGGGCUCUGGUGACCAGUAAGAAUCUUCCUCCGGCCGGCGCUGGAGUCUCUCCUCUCGUGGUGAAAGCGGUCAGUGUUCAGCCACGGAUGGAGGUCAAACAGGACGGUCAGUCAUUACCCAGAGAUCAGCGGCGCGAGAGACCAGGCUUCCCUCCACGAGGACCACGAGCAGACGGCAGCGGCUCAGACACUCCGGGUGGGAAACAGUACGUCAGUUUUAAGGGCCGCGGCGACGGUGAUGCCGGUGACACAGAGGGCCGCCGGUCCGUUCGUUAUCCAGACAGUCAUCAGCUCUUCGUUGGAAAUCUUCCUCACGACAUUGAUGAGGGCGAGCUGAAAGACUUCUUCAUGACGUUUGGGAACGUGGUGGAGAUGAGGAUCAACACCAAAGGCGUCGGAGGGAAGCUGCCCAACUUCGGUUUCGUGGUGUUCGACGACUCUGAGCCGGUGCAGAGCAUUCUGGGAGCCAAGCCCAUCAUGUUCCGUGGGGAGGUGCGUCUGAACGUGGAGGAGAAGAAGACCAGAGCGGCGCGUGAGCGGGAGACCAGGGGAGCGGCGGAGGGCCGGCGCGGGCCCCGGGGCCCGCUGGGGAACAGCGCGGGCCGAGCCUCCUCCAGGGGCGGGAUGAGCCGCUUCACGGGCCCUCGCCGCUGAACCCUCGUCUGCUCCUGCCAUGGCUUUCUCUCUCUCUCUCUCUCUCUCUCUCUCUCUCUCUCUCUCUCGGACCUCGACCGGCCGUCUCAGACUCACGCCGCGCCGUCAUCAUCCGUGCUUUCCUUUCUCUUACUCUCCUCACCGUUUUGCCAAGAAGAACGGGACAGUGUGAUCUCUUUUCCCGUAGAGCAGAAGCUGAAUGUCACGAAGGGUUUCCUCACGUUUAUAACGGAUGAGCGGCAGCGCUUCGUCCAGCAGUGCUCGGUGUACACUUAUUUAUUUUCCUAGUAAAUAAAACAGUGGUGGUGCCUUAACUCUAUUCUCGGCGUGUGUGUGUGUGUGUGUGUGUGUGUGUGUGUGUGUGUGUCUGACAGUGAGUGUGUGUGUGUGUGUGUGUGUGUGUGUGUGUCUGACAGUGAGAGUGUGUGUCUGUCUGACAGUGAGAGAGUGUGUGUGUGUGUGUGUCUGACAGUGAGAGUGUGUGUGUGUGUGUGUGUGUGUGUGUGUCUGACAGUGAGAGUGUGUGUCUGUCUGACCGUGUGUGCGUCUGCUCCAGGUGUGAGCUGGUUUGGUUCUGCUCUGGUUUCUGUGCAUGGCUGUUCUGGACCGUGCUGCUCUUUCUGUUGAUCUCUGCAGUGUUUCUCACCACACUGUCCACUGCGUUUGGUUCUGGGUUCAGACUGGACUUCAGUCGGCUUCAGCAGGUUUUUGUUUGAAUGUGUUUUCAACUUUCAAUAAACUACUGAAAUCUGCAACUUCA